UUCGUCUUCAAUUCGUUCUUUUCAAUUCUUUUGUACAACUGCCGGCCAGUUGGAACUGUGCCAUCCUUUAAGCAUCCAUACCAUCGUACCAUCAUGCGUUCCUUCUCCGUUGGACAGAUUUUCGUCUUUGGCCUUUUGGCGGCUGGUCCGCUUGCCGCGGGCUUCUCUCUCGAAAGCCCCGUUAACGAAGUGGAAAGAAGACAUGUGGGUUCGUUGGCGUCCAUGGCCUCGAAGGUAGCCAGGUCCGUUGUCGAUGAGAUCGGCUUGGCCAAGCGAGAGCCCCACCACACCGAGGCACAAAUUGCUGCCAAAGAGGCUGCGGCAGGUGGCAAGAAGAACCAGCGUCGCCAGGAGGCUGAUGAAUUCGGUCCUUGGGACAGUACCGAGGACGAAUUUGGGUCCUGGGUCGACAAACGAGACCCCUCGCCUCAUCAUACUGAGGCACAGAUUGCAGCUAAGAAGGCAGCUGCAAGUGGCAAGGGCAACCACAAGCGCCACCACACUGAAGCCCAGAUUGCGGCAAAGGAAGCCGCCGGGAACAAAAAGAACAACAAGCGAGACCCACAGGAAGCCGACGAGUUUGGUCCUUGGGAUAGCACCGAGGAUGAAUUCGGCUCGUGGGUGGACAAACGUGACCCGUCGCCUCAUCACACGGAAGCUCAGAUUGCAGCUAAAGACGCGGCGGCAAACAAGAAGAAUAACAAACGUGACCCUCAUCACACUGAAGCUCAGAUCGCAGCAAAGGAAGCCGCCGAAAACAAGAAGAACAACAAGAGACACCACACAGAGGCCCAGAUCGCGGCCAAAGAGGCAGCAGGCAACAAGAAGAACAACCGCCGUCAGGCACCAGAUGAAUUCGGGCCGUGGGACAGUACCGAAGAUGAAUUUGGAUCUUGGGUGGACAAGCGUGAUCCUCAUCACACAGAGGCCCAGAUCGCGGCCAAAGAGGCAGCAGGCAACAAGAAGAACAACAAGCGGCAUCACACUGAAGCUCAGAUUGCCGCGAAGAAUGCGGCGAAGUCUGGCAAGGGGAACAAUUGAUGUUGAUGUUGAUGUUGAUGUCCAUCCGGACAGAAUGCCUUCGGCAGGCCAUCAUUACCGGUUACUCGGGUGAGCAGAAGCAAGCAGCAUUAUGCACAGUUGUCGAUGACCUUGCAUUGGGGAACCUCGUAGUUGAUUCGUAAGACCGAAUACGAUCGACUAGACAUGAAGAUGAGUUUAACAAAUUUGAUUGAGG